UGCGUAGCGUAGGAAACGCUAAUUAAUCCGGUCCAAUGUUGCAGGUUUUCCCUCGUUCCUGUCCGAAAUCAAAGGACCUGGGCGUCAGCAUAAAACAAACGGAACCCUUUUCCCAGUGCGUUAUUAAUCGCAGCCCUUCGAGAAGCCGACGCUCUAAAUAUUCCAUUUUUUCAUUCAACAGGAGAAAUUGAUGAUGUUUCGGGACUAUCAAUCAUUCGGUGGAGCGCCGUUUUAAUACAGGCCUUAGAUGUAAAACCGUACUGAACAUCGCCAUCGUUUCCGUUAAAUAAGGAUUCCCAAAUACCGUCCAACUGAAAAAUAAAACGACAAUGGAUCGUUCUUGACACCCGCUUCGGAUUACUGGGACUGGCGCAACAAGAUGUCCCGACUGUCGCAGUUCUAUACCGUCGAGGUGGGAGACACCAAGUUCACCAUUCUGAAGCGGUACCAAAAUUUGAAACCGAUCGGAUCCGGUGCCCAAGGAAUAGUUUGUUAGAUUUGGGCUGUGCUUAGAACAAUUAGCGUGUGUGUUUUUUUUAAUUUACUGUUGGUUGGUUGUUGGUGUUGUUUACGGUUGUUAUAAGUAUCCAAACUACAAGUAUAGUAUUAAAUAAUGGCGGAGGCGGUGCGCGAAGGUUUCACCCAGCACAUUUUCGGCGACACCGAAUUCUGGGUGCCACAACGCUACGUCAAUCUGCAACCGAAGGGCGGCGGCGCCCAAGGCCUUGUUUGUGCCGCCGUUGACACGGUGACCUCGACGAACGUCGCCAUCAAGAAACUCAGCCGCCCCUUUCAGAAUGUCACUCAUGCCAAAAGGGCGUACCGGGAGUUUAAGCUCAUGAAGCUCGUCAAUCACAAGAACAUAAUUGGUUUGUUAAAUGCGUUCACGCCUCAAAGGUCGCUGGAGGAGUUCCAGGAUGUGUACCUGGUAAUGGAACUGAUGGACGCGAAUCUGUGCCAAGUGAUACAGAUGGACCUUGACCACGAACGCAUGAGCUAUUUGCUGUAUCAGAUGUUGUGCGGCAUUAAACAUCUACAUUCGGCCGGGAUCAUUCACAGAGAUUUGAAACCGAGUAAUAUAGUGGUGAAGUCUGAUUGCACGCUCAAAAUACUAGAUUUCGGUCUUGCCCGGACGGCAGGCACGACUUUUAUGAUGACACCGUAUGUGGUGACACGAUACUAUCGGGCACCCGAAGUUAUACUUGGCAUGGGAUAUACCGAAAACGUCGACAUUUGGUCCGUCGGCUGUAUCAUGGGCGAGAUGAUACGAGGUGGUGUCCUGUUCCCUGGCACCGAUCACAUCGAUCAAUGGAAUAAAAUUAUUGAACAACUAGGGACGCCGUCGCAGCAGUUCAUGGUGCGGCUUCAGCCGACCGUACGCAACUACGUGGAGAACAGGCCACGAUAUCCGGGUUUCUCGUUCGAGAAACUGUUCCCGGACGUGCUGUUCCCGUCAGACAGCAACGAGCACAACCGGCUGAAGGCUAGCCAGGCGCGCGAACUGCUCUCCAAGAUGCUCGUGAUUGAUCCCCAGAAUCGGAUAUCGGUUGACGACGCCCUACUCCAUCCGUACAUAAACGUCUGGUACGACGAGCAGGAGGUCAAUGCGCCCGCUCCGGGACCGUACGACCACAGUGUGGAUGAGAGGGAGCACACGGUGGAACAGUGGAAAGAGCUGAUCUAUCAGGAGGUCAUGGAGUAUGAGAGUAGCCACGGAAGGGCCACGUCCAGCGCCCAACCCAGUCCGGCCGCCAAUUUGAACGAACCAAAUGGUACGGAAACUGUACGGUAGAAAAGGAUACUGAACAUCAAGCACAAAUUACGUUUUGAACUAGUCUAACUUAUUAUAACUCUAGUAAUUCCCUUCCCAAGGCAAAAGAAGAUAGGCCACAAUAGUUUGAACCUCGGUAAAGACUCGUAAACGAGCGCGCCACUGUGACUAUUUUAUUGAAAAGUGUGAAGACUUAACAACGGGUCCUUUUUAUAAUUAAAAUUAUGGAAAAAAUUGUAACUGUGUAUUGAAUAAUCUUUAAUCAUUAUGUGUGAUAAAUAUCGACUUUGCUAGUUUGUAUUUUGGUUUAUUUCCGCGGUAAAUUAUUACGAACGUUUUUUAUACACCAAAACCGUUUCUCUGUCAAAUCGCGCGUGCAAUACAGAUAUUUUUUUAUUGAAAUACGUGUACGGUGGAAUGGAUAAUUCUAGGAUUAAGCAAUGGUGGUGCAGAUUUCGAAAUUUUACGUUUACAACGCGCCCGCGGCGAAGUAGCAGAAGGAACCGGAUCGGCACGUCAUUGCUUCGCUGGGUGGCGUGUUAAUUUCAUUCUUGUUUUGGUGUGACAAUCAGACGAUUCGAUUAUUUGUUUUUUAAUUGAACAAAGAAAAAUACAAAUUAGUAAUAAAUGUAUAAGAUGGAUAAUAAUGAUAGGUAGUGAUAGUUUUAUGGAUUAUGUUGAGUUCGAACUUAAUUUAUUAUUUUUUUGCAGUUUUAAUGAGAUAAUACAUCUGUUAUUUUUUAUAAUUUUUUCAAUAAGUUUUAAGUCACUUUGUUUUUAUUUUUAUAGUUAUCUAGGUAUAAAUUUAGUCUUAGAAAUGUAAUCUUAAAAAUUUAAAUCUAAAGAACGUAGAAAAAGGAAAACAAUAAGUUUAAUAACUUACACCACUGUGUAAUAAAAAAAAUUAUUACAAUAAGUUAUGUAACAUCCGAUCCAUAAUGUAAAAAAGUAAAGUUUAGUAAAAUUUUAUAGGACAGUGAUUUAUUUCGAUUCACGUUUUUAUGUUAAGUGCAAUUUUAUUGCCAUAUUUAAUAAAAAUUACUUAACUUUUUGCAUUACUUAUUUUAAGAAAAUUAUUAAAUAUGGCAAUUCGUGAUUUUAUUUUUAUGUUGAUUUUAUGAAAUAAUUGUAAGACUUAUAAAAACGCAAAUUUUUAAGAAAUUGUAAUUACAAGAAAAAAUGGAACCAUUAUUUUUUUAUAAUUUUGUCGAUUUUCGUUAAAACAUGAAGUAAUGUAAAUAUUACAAAGAUUUUUGUAGAUUCCAUUUGAUUUUGACUUGCCACAAAUAUAUUAGACUACAACAAUAAAAAAUCGUAGACAAGUGACGCGAAAAUCGGUAAAACUUGUGGAUAUCUUUGAUUAUGUUCGUUUUUUUAUUAUUUCUACAUGAUUUUUUACCGAUUUUUAACAAUUAAAAACUGUCAAGUUAGUUAUUUGUAGUAUACAACCAUUGCUUGUAUUGUUCUGCUUUGUAAAUAAAAACGACAAAGUAUC